GGCGUUCAUCGUGUGGCUGGCGAAUGGCGAGACUCUUCGUGUCUAUAAAAUGACCAAGAAGGAUGAUGGCAGCUUCACCUUCACUGCGACUUCUGGGGACUUCCCGAAGAAGCACAAGGCUCCUGUCAUUAACAUAGGAAUUGCAGAGACAGGAAAGUUUAUCAUGACAGCUUCCAGUGACACCACCAUCCUGAUAUGGAGCCCGAAAGGUGAAGUCCUGGCCAGCAUUAACACCAACCAGAUGAACAAUGCCUACGCCACAGUGUCACCCUGUGGGAGGUUUGUGGCAUCGUGUGGCUUUACCCCUGAUGUAAAAGUGUGGGAGGUGUGUUUUGGCAAGAACGGAGACUUCCGGGAGGUGGCCAGGGCUUUUGAGUUGAAAGGCCACACCGCUGGCAUACAUUCCUUCUCCUUCUCUAACGACUCAAGGAGGAUGGCGACUGUUUCGAAGGACGGGACGUGGAAGUUCUGGGACACAGACGUGGAAUAUAAAAAGCAACAGGAUCCAUACCUGCUUCUGACAGGGCAGUGCAAGGUGGCAGAGCCUUGUCGCAUCGCCCUGUCCCCCGAUGCUCGCGUUGUUGCCAUCUCGAGCGGCACAGACAUUGUUGUGUACAACACGAGGAGAGGCGAGGAGGAGGAGCGCUUUCUGGCUGUGCACGGCCAGUGCAUCACAGACUUGGCUUUUGACACCAGCAGCCGCCACCCGGGGUCGUCUGCCAACAAAGCCACUCGAGAGAGGCUGGAGCAGCAGAUCUCCAGCGCCAGAAAAGCCCUGGCCGCAAUCUAUGGCAAGAAGCAGUGA